AGGGUUUAGGGUUUGCAACAAGAAGAAAUAAUAUCUGCCGCAUGGCUUCUCUUCAGCUCUGGAAGAAAAUCGCUGCCCCGCUAACUUCGAACGGUCGUAAGUGGAAGAUGGCUUGCACAACGGUGGCUGCGCCGUUUUCAUCUGGCGCUGAGAGCUCUGGUCCGAUCAAGGUUGAGAAGGAGAGCUCUGGUCCGAAAAAGCCAGAGAAAGUGAAAGUGGAGAAGAGGAAGGUGUUUCAGAAGCUGAAGUCUCUUAGGGUUGAGACCAUAGAUCUCAUCAUAAGGGAAGAAGAGAAUAAGGGCGUUUUUGUAGAUCAGGAGGAUCUUUUCAGGUGGGCCAAACUUCUCAAGAACCACAAGCCUGAAAACUCCCUUGAGAUCUUUAGGUGGAUGGAUAAAAAGAAGAUGGUGUUUUCUCCCUCCCAACUUGAGCUUUUUGUGGAUCUUCUGGGCGAGCUUAAAGGAGCAGAAGCGGCUUUAGCCUACUUUGACAAAGUAGAGCCAAAUUUCGAUGAGAUGGACGCUGAAGCCAAAAACCGCCCUGCUUACUUGAAGCUCUUGUAUUGGUUCCGGGUUAAAGAAGAGAGUCAGACUUCGGGGGCAAGAACACAUGUUCUCAAGUUCCCUAAGUGUGAUGAUAAUUGGAAUGUUCUCAAGUGAAUUUAGUUCUUUCAAGCUGUUUGGUGUGUGUUUUAAAACUUUUAAUGAAUGAAGCACGACUCUCACAUGCCUUCUUGUAGUCACUCAUCUAUGUAAUAAUCUUUUGCUCUGGAAAACUAACUCUUUAAGUUAAUUGUAUCUCUUCUGUUUAGUCCUUAUAAAUAUUAAAUUUUCAUGUUA